AUGUUCUCCCGGGUGCUGCGCAGCUCCCUAAGCUCCUCGCGGCUGAGUUACCGCAGCUUUGCCUCGAAGCCAAAGUGCGUCAUGCUGAAUGCCGCGCGCUUGGACUUCGAUGGCCGCAUGGAUUGGAAGAAGGUCACCGAUGUCACGGAGUUCACCAGCUACGACAUCUCUGCCACCGAGGAGAUCGUGCCACGCGCGCAGAACAUGGACAUCGUGAUGAACAAGGAGUUCCCCAUCCCAGGUGACAUCAUCAGGGCCCUGCCUCCCUCUGUGAAGCUGAUUGCAGAGGCCGGAACAGGCUACAACAACAUCGACCUGGACGCCUGCCGCGAGAAGGGCAUCGCCAUUUGUAACGUGCCCGAGUACACCACGGAGGCCAUGGGAGACUAUGCUAUCACGUUGGUCAUGGCUUUGUCCUGCAGCUUGGCUCCGCAGAUGAAGGCCUUGGCAAAAGGCGACCGGCGCUACAUGCAGCAGUGCCACCUGGGGCACUUGGACCACUUCGAGAUCCGCGGCAAGACCUACGGAAUCAUUGGCGGUUUAGGCUACAUCGCUUCCAACAUCUCCAAGAAGGCGCUCAACCUCGGCAUGAAGGUCAUCGUCUCAGACAUGCCGUCCACACCAUUGGGCAUGCGUGACAGCGGUGUGGAGGUGGUGAGCUUUGAUGACCUCCUAAAGCAGUCGGAUUUCAUCAGCCCCAUGGUGCCGCUCAACAAGCACACCAAGGGACUUCUGAAUGCAGACUGCUUCGACAAGAUGAAGCCGACCGCCUACGUCAUCAACACGGCGCGUGGCCCCAUCGUGGACCAGGAGGCGAUUAUCGAUGCCCUGCGCAAGAAGAAGAUCGCGGGUGCCGCCCUUGACGUCUUCGGUGAAGGCUCCGCUCCCCCGCCACCGCUCCCAGAAGACAGCCCUCUUUAUGAUGUUUUCGAUGAGUUUGAGAAUGUGAUCCUCACGCCGCACAUCGGAUGGCAGCGUGUAGAGGCUCGUCAGCGAGUUGUCGAUGGCUGCGGUGACAACAUUGCCAAGUUCGUCCGUGGAGAGGCAAUGAACAUUGAUAUGACCACCGGCCUCCCGAUAAGAUGA